AGUGUUCACGUUCACUUCCCCUCAGUGCGAGACAGUGCAGUGGAACUGUCUCGUCGAAGAAUGUUCUCAGCUGAAUAUGAAGUGGCUUGGUUGCUCAAAGCUAUCACCUUUAUUGACCUCACCACUCUCUCAGGCUAGUGAUGACACAAAGACAAACGUGGAACGUUUGUGCUACAAAGCAGCUCAGCCAAUUCAUGAGGACAUCAUCAAGAAGCUUGGGAUUGAAGAAUUAGGGAUUCAAGUAGGGUCAGUCUGUGUCUACCCUUCACGUGUCAGAGAUGCAAGGGCCUGUCUAGAUCGUAUUGGAGCAUGUCAUGUUCCUGUCACUGCAGUGGCCACAGGGUUUCCAACGGGUCAGUAUCCCCUGGAGACGCGGCUGAAGGAGGUGGAAUGGGCCGUUAGCCAAGGAGCAUCUGAGAUUGAUAUUGUUAUCAAUCGACAACUGGCUCUUUCCCAAGACUGGCAGGUCAUGAAAUCCAUUCUGGCAAUUGGAGAGCUGGGUUCUUUGGAGAACAUCUACAAAGCUGGCAUGGUUUGCAUGAUGGCUGGAUCUGAUUUCAUCAAGACAUCAACAGGGAAGGAAGGGGUGAAUGCAUACCUCCCAGCAGGUAUGGUCAUGGUGAGGGCCAUCCGGGACUUCCAUCAAGUGAGUGGGCGCCUGGUGGGGCUUAAGCCUGCAGGGGGGCUGAAGACACGCAAGGAUGCCCUUGAUUGGAUGGUCUUAGUCAAGGAUGAACUUGGGAAUGAAUGGCUGAACUCAAGUCUCUUCCGAAUUGGUGCUAGCUCCCUACUGGGAGAUGUGGAAAAAACCUUGUUCCAUUAUGCCUAUGGAUAUGCUCCUGCUGAACAGCAGCUUGCU